GGUCACCAAGAAUACCCUGACCUUACCCAACCUCAGCCGACAACAUCUCCAUCGAGUUAUCACCUGCAGAGCAUCGAACUCCAACAUGACUCGCUCAAUCAACGCCUCCGUUAAACUGGAUAUGACGUUCCCCCCGGUGGAAGUGAGGAUCAUCAACACGGACAAGGUCAUGAAAGAGGGCACUCGAUACUCCCUGGUUUGCGAGGCAUCGGGCUCCAGACCUCCCGUGACUCUGUCUUGGUGGGUGGACGGGGUGCUUCAGACUGACGCCAAGCAACAGACCACGAAGGAUGGAAACGUAAGCCGAGCCACUCUGACAAUGAAACCGUCGAGAGACAGUGACGGAGCCGUUGUCCUGUGUCGAGCUGUCAACAGGCAGAUGCCUUCCCUUCCGAUGGAGGAUAUCAUCAAGCUAAACGUUCAGUACGCACCGAAGCUUCAGCUGAGAGCGGGACAGAACUUAGUGAUGACGAACAUCAAAGAAGGAGAUGACGUCUACUUCGAGUGUGACAUCCAGGCCAAUCCAAAGGUUCAAGUGGUCAGAUGGUUCCUUGGGGACGUUGAGCUGCAUCACAAUGUGUCUGCAGGAAUUAUUCAGAGUAACCAGAGCCUCGUACUACAGGGAGUCAAGCGAGCCUCUUCGGGAGAGUAUGUGUGUCAGGCUACAAACCACCAAGGCACCACCACUUCUAGUCCUAUAUUCUUAACCGUCAAGUUCGCGCCCGUCUGCGUCGAGAGACAGAAAUGGACCUACGGCAUCGGGCGUAGAGAAUCGGUCAACGUCACUUGCAGUGUCGAGUCUUACCCGGAAGCCCGCAGCUUCCGGUGGGCUUUCAACUCCACGACGGAGCUGGUCCACAUGCCGAAGAAUGCAUCCCAGUCCGAUGGUAACCUCAGCAGUCUGAUGUAUACGCCCAUCACCCACCACGACUUCGGGACCCUCCUCUGCUGGGCGGACAACGAGGUCGGAAGACAGGCAGAGCCCUGUAUCUAUCUGGUUGUGCCUGCUGCUGUUCCAGAACCCGUGCAAAACUGCAGCGUCUGGCAAGACAGCAGCACAGCUGGAGAGGUCGUUGUCGCCUGUUUUGCCGGUUGGAGCGCCGGCUUAACCCAAGCUUUCUCCCUCCACGUCACGCAAGCAAGCCUCGAGGAACAGCCGCUGUCCUCAGGCAAAGUAGUGGCAGAAGUGAAAGACCAAAAGGACCCUUAUUUCACAAUAUCAGGCCUCAAGCCAGGAAUGGAAUACCACUUGGCUGUCAUUGCGACUAACGCCCACGGAUCUUCCCCGCCGACCCUCUUGGCUCACCACAUGCCUAUAGACGUAGCUGAGAAACGCACCAGCGCCGCUGCAGCUGGGUCUAUCGGGACCAAUCAAGCCAUGGCCAUCACCCCAAUCAUCGCCGUUGUGGCAGGCGUUGUAGCCACGUUGAUCAUCUGUUCCGUGGUGCUCGUUUUCGCCAUCAGGGCGAGGUUGAAUCAGACGGCUGAGAACCAGAGGGAGCAAGCUUGUAUGAAGAAGACUACGGAAAAGACCGCCCUCCAUUCCAAGGGUUCUGAUGACGGAGGCUUCACGCAGCUCAAGAGAGGACCCGAUCUCAUCCUCGUGAAGGGAGAAAACCAAGAAGAGCGGCAACUUAUGGAACUGUAUCCGAGACCACUACAAACUGCAAGCUGCCAAGUGGUGGGCCACCCAGCCACCACGUCAACCAGCGGGAUGCUGACGCUUUCGACCGCCAACAUCAGCCUACCGAGCGCAGACAUCAACCCGAGCGGCGGGACGAUCAUCCCGCAGCAGCCGAGCGAGAGUAGCAUGGAACCGAUCAGCAGCGCCAUCAUACACAGCAGCAGCGCAUCAGCUUCUGCUGCUUCCGCCGCGGACCUCCGGGGCUACAGAGUCCCGCCCUUCGGGCAAGGGACGAUCGGCAGGUCAGCCUCAUGUUCGGAAAAGGGCGGCGGCGGGGCGGUGGGGAGUUGCUUAGGCGGGGGAGGGAAAGCGGAUCCUCUGCUGUCGACGAUUCCUCACUCUACCUCCUCCUACUCGUCCUCGUCCUACGCUGCCUCCUCCUCCUUCACUCUCCCUCGCCACGCCUCCUCCUCUUCCUCCUCCACCUCCUCCUCCGCCGCCCCCGCCGCUGCUACCUUGGGUAAACAGGCCUCGUCGACGGCUCUCUACAGGGACUUUACCCAGGCUGAUCUCAACACCAGCAGGGAAAGCUGUGUCUAAUUGUAUUAUGUAAUAUUAUGAAUGAUAUUUACAUAUGCAUAUACAUAUUCCUUAUAUAUAUACAUACAUACAUACAUAUAUAUAUAUAUAUAUAUAUAUAUAUAUAUAUAUAUAUAUAUAUAUAUAUAUAUAUAUAUAUAACCUGUGUUCAUAAAGAAAUCUGCAAAAAGGAAUCUAGUCACCCUUUUAAAUACAGAAUCUAAGACAAACAUUAACAGAAUCAGUACAAUAAUUUCUCUAUAUGUAUAGUGAAAUCCAACCUUUCCUUUCUACAAUUAUCAGUUCUUGUAUAUGAUACUUCUUUUACUAUAAAACAGCGGUGAAAGAUAUUGCUCAAGCUGUAUAUAGUAUAUCCUUUUCACUUCUCUUAGUGCAAAGAGAACCUACCUUACAUUCUGCAACAAGGAAAUAAAUAUUAGAAAAUAUGACACCAUGAACUGGAAACAUCUGUACAAGAAAGGGCUUUGUUGUGUCUACACAACAUAAAAUAACUUGAAUCCAACAGUCGAAAUAUUUGGCACGUAAAUUCAGAGUACGAAAGUUUACGCGUUAUUUACAAGCUCGCUAAAAAUGUUUGUUUUUGUAAAGAAGUUUCUUUUUCUACCUAUUGUCACUGGUAUGUCUUUGAUGCCUUAUCCAAUAACGAGGUUAGAGUUACAUCAGAAUCCAGAAAAAUAACUCGCCUGAUAAUAAUUAACUUCUGUACUGCUCAGACUUUUCUUUUAUAUGAUAUACAUUGCCAGCAUUUUUUUCUUGGAAAAAGGGGCAAUGGUGUCUUUUACGGUAAUGGAAAUAAACCACUUUUUCUUACGAAAAUGUUAGUCACUUGGAUUUUAAACACUUUCAUGGAUGUACCAAGCAAAUAAAAUAAAGUGAACUCGGGCUUAAUAAUCGACAAUUUUAUGGAAAAUUUUAUAAACCACUUGAAAUAAGAAUGGUAUUUCCACGGUGUUUUCAUUCACACACACACACACACACACACACACA